UUCAUUUACUUAUUUCAUUUGAAUUGCUAUAUUAUGGUGAUAUAUUUUGUCACCCUCAUAAAUGUGGUGUUUUUUAAAGCCAAUUAAGCUCACUUUAGUAGUCAUUUGUCUUAAACAUGACCACGUUAGUAAUGUGCGAUUGAGUUUCCGUCCUAGGUUCCUUCUUUCUUGUCACUUCUCCUCUCCAGUUCUGUUUUCAAGAGAAAACGAGGGUGGUGACUCCCUUUUCCCCCCUCUUUAUCUCUUUGAUGAUUCAUCAUCUUUUUCUUCUUACCGUCUCUUAUGGGUUUUGCUGUGUCAACCCUGAUGUACACAUAGCAAAACUCUUAUCUUAUAGGCUUCAUCAUCUUGUCCAUAUACUAGCAUGAUACCAAGACAUGGGGAAUUGGAAGCCUCAGAGUUCCUCAAUUGGGAGCUUAAAAAAAUCUUUCUAUUUGUCUGUAUGGCGUUAAAUUAAUAAUUUGGUGAUUGUGUACUCCUUUCUCCCAUAUGAGCCCUCAAUUUUUUUUCUUAGCUUUUCUUUUGGGCUGCUAUGUGGUUAAUUACAAGUUAGUUGUUCAACUUCAGUCUCUCUGUUUUUUAGUGAAUAAUUCAUUAAAAUUUAGCUAUAAUCCACUAUUCUUUUGUGCUUCUGUUGUCGUUAAUGUAGAGAGUUAAUUGUUUUAUGUUACAUAUACAUGAAGGAUAAUCCUAUUUGCCCUUAUGACUAGGAUGAAGAAUCAAAAAAUGGGAAGGUUAAGGAAAUUGGCUCGUCAUAUAUUUCCUAGUUUCCAAGUUGACUGCAACCUUGAGGGGUAGCUCAAUGAUCAGGUCUUGGGUUUGCUCCCCAAUGAUCUCCAGUUCGAGUCCUCUCAGAGCUAAUGAGAUAUCGUGCCAUAACUAGUGCUUAUUAUCGAGGGGCUGUUGGUGCUUUGCUGGUAUAUGACGUGACUCGACGUCCUACCUUUGAGAGUGCUGUGAGAUGGCUGAAAGAGCUGAGAGAUCAUACAGACCCGAAUAUGGUAGUAAUGCUUAUUGGCAACAAAUCAGACCUACGACAUCUGGUGGCCGUUUCAACUGAGGAUGGUAAAGAUUUUGCAGAGAGGGAGAGCCUCUACUUCAUGGAAACUUCUGCAUUGGAAGCAACUAACGUCGAUAAUGCAUUUACUGAAGUCCUUACUCAGAUAUACAGGAUUGUGAGAAAGAAGGCUGUCGAGGCUGGUGAUGAGACUGCUACUUCGUCUGUUCCAUCUAAAGGAGAGACGAUUAAUGUCAAAGAUGAUACUUCUACUUGGAAGAGACUAGGAUGUUGUUCGAGCUAGGGAAUAAUUGCUCCUGCUGCGUCGUUUCUUGUACAUUUUCUUCACAUCAUCUCUCUCUUCUGGUUUGUUUGUUCACUGUAUUCUGUUGAAAUAUUGAUUAGUACACUAGCCACAAAAAUUGACUACAGGUAUAUUUCGUGGCUGCGAAUGACGAUAUAGUUUGAUUGGUUGGCUCAUAGAAUGUGAAGGCAAUGUCUUCUACAAUAUGAUCUGGACCAUGGUUAGGGAAACCUUGACUUUCGAUAAAUGUUCGAGGCUUCGACUAAUGUUGAGUACCUUUACAUGAUAAACCUCAACUAAAACUAAAAAUUUAUGAGUAA